AUGGGCGCCAAAAUAACAUGGUCGUCCAUUAGUAAAAGUUUUUUUUUCUCUCUCUGGAUAUUUCCCAUAUUUCACGAUCGAAAUGGCCCAAAUCUGUUCAUGAAGAAUUAUGUCAGACCAUGUUUGGUUCUAUCUAUCUAUCUAUCUAUCUAUCUAUCUAUCUAUCUAUCUAUCUAUCUAUCUAUCUAUCAUAGUGUUUUUCUAUCAAUCUCUAUCUAUCUGCUGAGUUCUGUUCAUAUCUAUCUAAGUCCGUUCGAAACUAUCUAUCUAUCUAUCUAUCUAUCUAUCUAUCUAUCUAUCUAUCUAUCUAUCUAUGUCCGUUCGCAACUCUCUCAAUCUAUCUAUCUAUCUAUCUAUCUAUCUAUCUAUCUAUCUAUCUAUCUAUCUAUGUCCGUUCGCAACUCUCUAAAUCUAUCUAUCUAUCUAUCUAUCUAUCUAUCUAUCUAUCUAUCUAUCUAUGUUCGUUCGCAGCUCUCUAAGUCUAUUUCCAUCUAUCUAUCUAUCUAUCUAUCUAUCUAUCUAUCUAUCUAUCUAUCUACGUCCGUUCGCAACUAUCUAAGUCUAUUUCCAUCUAUCUAUCUAUCUAUCUCUAUAAGAAACUGGAUAUUUUCUGCAUUUAUAAAUCCUUACUUUUCUCUCUAUCUCAAUCUGUUCAUUAUCUAUCUAUCUAUCUAUCUAUCUAUCUAUCUAUCUAUCUAUCUAUCUAUCUACGCAUGUUCUAUAUCUAUCAUCUAUCUAUUUAUCUGUCUGUCUAUAUCCGCAUGUUCAAUAUCUAUCUAUCUAUCUAUCUAUCUAUCUAUCUAUCUAUCUAUCUAUCUAUCUAUCUAUCUAUCUAUUUGA